CAGGGGCUUCACUUCUGGGGAGACAUUUUGAGACAGAAAGUGAGAGAGGCCUAGAGACAGAGCAGCCAGAACACCAAGUACUUCCCUAGUGCCACAGAGCCUUCAGGAUCAUCCCAUUGGGAAUCUUCUUUGGAAGUUCGAACCAGCAACCAGUUUCAACUUCUUUAAAACUUUGUUUUCAGGCUGUUUCCUGGACACCAUUUACUUCCAGAGCAUCGGUGGAAUUUGAUCUGAAAGCUGACCAUGGCAUCUCUGGGUCCAAGUCUGAGUUCCAGUUCAGAAGACAAAUUUCGAGUAAAGCUCCUAGAUAUUAAUUCACAGCUAGGCACUGAAGAUCUGGAGGCUCUAAAGUUUUUCUGCCAAGACUUGCUCUCCAAGAAAAAACUGGAGAACAGCAGGUCAUCCUUGGAUAUUUUUGAUCAUCUCCUGGAAGAGGAGCUGCUGAGUGAGAAAGAGCCCUUCCUCCUAGCCGAACUCCUCCACAACAGCAAGAAGCUGUGGCUGCUACAUCAUCUUGACUACACCAAAAAGCAAGUGGAGAAUUUGCUGCCCACCCAAAGGAAGAUCUCUCUGUUCAGAAACCUGCUCUACGAUCUGUCGGAAAACAUCAGUUCAGAGGAGUUAGCAGAAAUGAAGUUCCUUAUGAAGAACGACAUUCCAAAUACCUCAAUGACCUCUCUAAGUUUCCUGGCAUAUCUGGAGAAACAAGGUUUCAUAAAUGAAAACAGUCUGGAGAUCCUGGAAAAACUCUUCAGCAAGUGUUCACCUAGUCUUAUGGGAAAAGUAGAAAAAUACAAAAAAGAGAAAGAUGCCCAGCUAGUGACAUCUCCUAAAAACAAGUCAUUUUGUCAAGAAAAAGGAGUCUCCUCUCUAGACAUGAAACAUUUCUCUGAAGCCUUACAGGUGUCUGUGUAUGAUGAAGAAGCAAAGAGAAAUGGUGACAGAGAAGCCCCGGCCUCCAUGGAAGUGUUGGGAAUGCCUGCUACCAUCAGCACACAGGAGCCAGCUGUGUACAGGAUGGAUAGGAAAUACAGAGGCUACUGUGUCAUUAUAAACAACCAAAACUUUACCUCAAUGAAAGAGCGACGAGGGACAGACAAAGAUGCUGAAUACCUGAGUAGUAUAUUUAAGUGGCUUGAGUUUCAUGUAUAUAAAUAUGAUGAUGUGACCAAGAAGAAGCUGGCAGAGAUUCUCAAGGAGUACCAGAAAGACCCAGGCCAUGAAGAUAGAGACUGCUUUGUGUUCUGUGUUCUAAGCCAUGGGACAAACGGCGCUGUCUACACUUCAGAUGAGGCUCACAUUUCCAUUCGGGAGAUCAUGUCUCAUUUCACACUCCAGCAGUGUCCUGGGCUGGCUCACAAACCCAAACUCUUUUUCAUCCAGGCCUGCCAAGGUAAAGAGAUACAACCUGCUGUACUUAUUGAAGAAGAUGCUUUAAGUUAUGAGAGCAUAUCCUCUUCCCUUCAGAAUGGACGUCCAGAUUGGGUGGAUUUUCUUCUCGGCAUGGCCAGUUUCCCAGGCUAUGUAUCCUUUCGACAUCUAGAGAAAGGCAGCUGGUAUAUUCAGUCACUGUGCAACCAUCUAAAGGACAUGGUCCCAAGGCAUCAUGACAUCUUAACUAUCCUCACCGCUGUCAACAAAGAUGUAAGUGAACAGGCAGACUCAAAAGGAAUAAAGAAACAGAUGCCUCAGCCCUCAUUCACACUGUGCAAACAGCUAAAAUUUCCUGUGCCACAGGCACCGUUUCUAUGAUUGCAGUUUUCACUGGCUAUUAGACAUCUCUCCCAACUCCCCCCAGCAUAGGAGUCAGUGACAAGUUGACAUGCUGGCUCCUGGUUCCUGCCUGCCAUUCUAAGAGUAGGAGAUACCUUACUUAUGGUAACCAAAUUCUGUUUUGUCUUUGUUUUUUCUUUUUGACAAAUCCAAAUGCCAAGACAUUUUCUCUUAUGAAUUCUUAGGCUAUGGCCUUAGAUUUAGUUGUGUGCUGGCGGGAAAGGGGGGAAGAGGAGUAAUUUGGCUGUGUUUUGUGUAAAAGUUGGGAUCAGUACUUUUUGAGAGUCCUUUUCACUCCUAGAACCACUGUCCUUAACCUGAAUCUGGAUGUAUUCUCUGUGUAACCAUUCCUUGUUACAAGUCUAUGUAGGCACCAUCUUGCUAUGGAUAUCAGAUGAUGUUGAGGUUGUGGUUUACUAGCCUUCUCUCUGAUCUGCCCUUCCUAGUAGAUGUCUGUCAUGUACGGCAGUUAUUGCUGCAGGAACUGCUUCUCCUGUCUUGGGUCCAGGUUUGGCUCUAGGAAGGUGACAGUUCAUUGUGAGGAGAGACAUAUCCAGUUAUACAGGUGAAAAACUGUUAACAGCCUUGUAUCAAACUUCACGUUGGUCAUAAGUUUUCAGAUUCCAGUGACAGACUGCCCUAUUCCAACUCACUAAAACCAAGACAAGGAUUUAUUACUUGUCACCUGAAAAAGCACGAAUGGUGCUGGAUUUGAGUCAGGACUCAGUCUAUACAAUGACAUCUCUCUCUCUCGCUGUGUUGGGAGGAUUUCUCAGGGUUAGCAGCUGCACUAUCAGACUCCCUGCUUCUAUCACCAACAUGCUGUGCUCUCCUGGCCACAGGGUGAGGACAGUGAUAACCUGAAGCGCUGAAAUUACUCACAGGGACCGUUUCUCUCUCUUUAACCAGAGAGGCGUCUGUUUACGUGUUCUGGAGAGGGUAGCUUUGCAUCCUAGUCUAUGUACAUUUUGUAGUGUGUGUGUUCUGUUUGAAUUCCACUCAGCUCUUUUAUAUGGAGUGCAUGGGACUCGACCUGGGACCUCUUGCAUGAAAGUCCUGUGUACAAACUCUGCUUUCUCCCUCUCCCUCUCCACCCCCCCAUAUAUGCCGUAGAUUUAAAAAAAAUUAAUGUUCUGAACCGGUGUAUGUAUGUGAUUCCCUCCCUCUUCAAGUUUUCAAGAGGCACAUUUCUUCAUUAAUUUCUUCUAGGAAUUGUUUUAAGAUAUAGCUUAGAUUUGAAUUAAAUUUUAAUUCCUAGGAAAUUGGAA